GUUGGCCUCGUUGCGAUUUUGCGGCGGUAGGGUUUUGUUUCAGUAAUUUGGCAUGGAGAAUAAAGGAAACACUGAAGCUAUUAAGCUGGACAAGACCACGGCGACAUUGGAACCUGAGAAGAGCAGCGGCGGGGGAUUGUUUGUUCCUGGGAAGGAUCGAGUUGUGUAUAGGCCUCCGGAGCGGAAAUCGCUCUUAGGUUUAGAUGUCCUUGCUAUUGCAAAACGAGAAGAGUCUAAGGCUGAGGGUGGAUUCAAAGCCCCAAAAGAUAGAGUUACUUCUGUUGUGGCAUCUCUAGAGGAGGAGGAAAAUAACUCUGAGUCUGGUAUAAUAGAUGACACAGGUGAUGAUAUAUCCACUGGUGUACGCAGUCACAGUAAGAGGCGAUAUCGUGGAAUAUCUGCAAACGAUACACCUCGAACAGAAAGUACGGUAACAGAAGAUGGACAAGUUGAUGAUAGGUACAAGUCUCGUUAUUCUGGUGAACGUUUUCGGACAGAUGUUUCGGCCUCGCCUAGCGGAAGUUACCACAGUGUUAGGUCACAAAUUUCGUAUAACAGGGAUGAUCGUGGUAGUGAGAGACGAGAUUACAGGGGUAGGUCUGACAGGGACGACCAUGAUAGUGAGAGAAGAGAUUAUCAAGAUAGUAGUAGGGGCGAUAGUUGGAGGGAGAGAAAACGAUAUGGUAGUGAUAAUAAGGAUUAUAAUGGUCGAAGAGAAGAACGUGGCCGAUAUGAACAAGAUUAUGGUGGAGAAUACGAAAGAAAGCGGGGUAGAUACGAAGGUUCAAGGAGGACACCUGGCCGGUCUGAUUGGGAUGAUGGGAGAUGGGAAUGGGAAGAGACACCACGACGUGAUGGUUACUCUAAUACCAGUAGGCAUCAUCAACCAUCACGGUCCCCUAUGCUACUUGGGGCCUCACCUGAUGCACGGCUAGUAUCUCCUUGGUUGGGUGGAACUACACCUCGUUCUGGUUCUGGUGCUUCUCCGUGGGAUCACAUAUCUCCAUCUCCAGUUCCAAUACGUGCGUCUGGAUACUCAUCCAGAUCUUCAAGUUUGAAACCUGGUGCAAGGUCCCAUCACCUCACAUUUACUUCUGAAAAUUCGCAAUCCUUCCAGGGUGGAGAAGCAGUUAAUUCUGAUUUGGCUGGAGAAAACAAUUAUGAAAUUAGUGAAAGCAUGCAUGCAGAGAUGGAAUACAAUUCUGAUCGGGCAUGGUAUGAUAGAGAAGAAGGCAAUACAAUGUAUGAUACGAGUGAUAGCUCAUCACUGUUUUUCGGGGAUGAUGCUUCUUUUCAAAAGAAGGAAGCAGAGUUGGCAAAAAGGCUGGUUCGAAGAGAUGGAACAAAGAUGAGCCUUGCUCAGAGCAAAAAGAUGUCCCAAAUGACUGCUGAUAACGCGCAGUGGGAGGAUCGCCAACUUUUGAGAUCCGGUGCUGUUAGAGGUACUGAGGUGCAGACGGAAUUUGACGAUGAAGACGAACGCAAAGUUAUUCUUCUUGUACACGAUACAAAACCUCCUUUCCUGGAUGGCCGAGUUGUUUAUACCAAGCAAGCAGAGCCUAUAAUGCCAAUAAAAGAUCCUACGUCUGAUAUGGCCAUAAUUUCACGCAAAGGGUCUACUUUGGUUAGGGAAAUUCAUGAGAAGCAAAGUUCUAACAAAUCACGACAACGUUUUUGGGAGCUUGCAGGUUCAAAACUUGGGGAUAUCCUUGGUGUUGAGAAAACAGAGGAGCAGGUUGAUGCAGAUACUGCUAAAGUAGGUGAGGAUGGGGAGAUUGAUUUCAAAGAAGAUGCUAAGUUUGCCCAACAUAUGAAGAAUGAUCAAGCUGUCAGUGAUUUUGCAAUGUCAAAAACCCUCGCACAGCAACGACAGUAUUUACCCAUAUAUUCUGUGCGGGAUGAGUUGUUGCAGGUAAUUCGAGAAAACCAAGUUAUCGUUGUUGUCGGAGAAACUGGUUCUGGAAAAACAACUCAGCUGACACAGUAUCUGUAUGAAGAUGGAUACACAGUAGGUGGUAUAGUAGGAUGCACACAACCGAGGCGUGUGGCAGCCAUGAGUGUUGCCAAAAGAGUUAGUGAGGAAAUGGAGACUGAACUUGGUGAUAAAGUUGGCUAUGCUAUUCGUUUUGAGGAUGUUACUGGGCCAAAUACCAUAAUAAAGUAUAUGACUGAUGGAGUUCUUUUGCGCGAAACGCUAAGGGAUUCUGACCUUGACAAGUAUCGUAUAGUUGUGAUGGAUGAAGCCCAUGAAAGGUCUCUAAACACAGACGUGCUAUUUGGGAUUUUGAAAAAAGUGGUUGCCCAACGACGUGAUUUCAAGCUGAUUGUGACAUCUGCAACUCUAAAUGCGCAGAAGUUUUCAAAUUUCUUUGGAAGUGUACCGAUCUUUCACAUUCCUGGGAGAACAUUUCCUGUUAAUAUACUGUACAGUAAAACACCCUGCGAAGAUUAUGUGGAAGGUGCAGUAAAGCAGGCCAUGACCAUUCAUAUCACCAGCCCUCCAGGUGAUAUCCUCAUCUUCAUGACUGGCCAAGAUGAGAUUGAGGCUGCCUGUUAUUCCCUUGCAGAGCGGAUGGAACAACUUAUCUCCUCCUCUAAUAAAGCGGUGCCAAAACUGUUGAUACUUCCUAUAUAUUCACAGUUGCCUGCUGACCUGCAAGCGAAGAUAUUCCAAAAAGCGGAAGAUGGGGCUCGCAAAUGUAUUGUAGCAACCAAUAUUGCAGAGACCUCUCUGACUGUCGAUGGAAUCUUUUACGUCAUCGACACUGGUUAUGGAAAAAUGAAAGUAUACAACCCUAGAAUGGGUAUGGAUGCUCUUCAAGUUUUCCCUGUUAGUCGUGCUGCUGCUGACCAGCGUGCUGGGCGGGCGGGUAGAACUGGUCCAGGAACAUGUUAUCGGCUGUACACAGAGAAUGCAUACCUGAAUGAAAUGCUCCCAAGUCCUGUGCCAGAAAUCCAGAGGACUAACCUUGGUAACGUGGUGUUGUUGCUCAAGUCACUUAAGGUUGAAAACCUUCUGGAUUUUGAUUUCAUGGAUCCACCUCCCCAAGACAAUAUUCUCAAUUCUAUGUAUCAGUUGUGGGUCUUAGGUGCUCUUAACAAUGUGGGGGGCUUAACAGAUCUUGGCUGGAAAAUGGUGGAGUUUCCAUUGGACCCUCCACUUGCUAAAAUGCUCUUGAUGGGUGCUGAGCUGGGAUGCUUAGAUGAGGUUUUGACAAUUGUGUCCAUGCUGUCAGUGCCAUCAGUAUUCUUUAGGCCCAAAGAUAGGGCAGAGGAGAGUGAUGCGGCACGAGAGAAAUUCUCUAUUCCUGAAUCUGAUCACUUGACACUGUAUAACGUUUACCAGCAGUGGAAACAACAUCAGUAUCGAGGGGACUGGUGUGGUGACCAUUACUUGCAUGUUAAAGGGUUGCGAAAGGCUAGAGAGGUGAGAUCCCAGCUGCUAGAGAUCUUGAAGACACUGAAGAUCCCACUGACGACUUGUUGGCCUGAUACUGAUGUUGUUAGAAAAGCUAUCUGCUCUGCAUACUUCCACAAUUCUGCUAGAUUGAAGGGUGUGGGAGAGUAUGUUAAUUCUAGAACGGGGAUGCCAUGCCAUCUACACCCGAGCAGUGCUCUUUAUGGUAUGGGAUGCACUCCAGACUAUGUCGUUUAUCAUGAACUGAUUUUGACUACCAAGGAGUACAUGCAGUGUGCCACUGCAGUGGAGCCACAGUGGUUGGCGGAGUUGGGACCCAUGUUCUUCUCUGUGAAGGAUUCAGAUACAUCGCUAUUGGAGCAUAAGAAGAGACAGAAGGAAGAGAAGACAGCUAUGGAGCAAGAAAUGGAGAAUCUGAGAAAGGCUCAAGCAGAGGAGGAGAUAGAAAACAAGCAGAAGGAGAAACAAAAAAGAUCCAAGCAGCAGCAGCAAAUUUCAAUGCCUGGUCUGAGCAAGCGCUCUUCCACAUAUUUAAGGCCGAAGAAACUUGGCUUGUAAAUGUAAAUUUUACUGUACAUACGAUUCAGUCCUAGUUUUCUGCAGGAUAGCAAUGUUGUUGUUGACCCAAAAAUCACCAUAUUCACAUUUUUAAA